AUGUUAGCUACAGAAUCGGCCGUACCGCCUCCUCUCUCCAGAGGGGGCCAAACUCAGACUGCCAUCAGACAACAGGAUGGUGGGGCUUAUUCCUUUGCAUCUGAGCCCCGGGCCGUCCAAGCAGCCAGGAAAAAGUACCGAGAACCAAGUGAGAUUGAAGAAAGGCCAUCUGCGGUAAACAUUAUGUACGAUCGCCGCAUCCACCGAGGAAGCACAUAUGCCGCUCCAACGCUUCCUCUGCGUAAUCAACCCGAUCCCGUCGAAAUCGAACGUCAAAAUGACCUCAAACGCCGGCUCCGUGCCAAAAAGCGAGCGGAAGCCCAGCGCCGUACUCGUACCCCCGAACCCGUUCCCGGCCGAAAACACAUGGACAUUCAAACAGAUUUAUAUCUCGAAGAACUCAGCGACAAGGUCCCCGAGGCGUAUGCUGCCACCCAGACCGACGCCUUCUUGGACCGUGCACCAAGUCCUUUGUACAUACCGCAGAAAAGCGGAAUGGAUGUCGCGACGCAGGUGUACGAGGGAGAACUGUUUGAUUUUGACUAUGAGGUGCAACCUAUUUUGGAAGUCUUGGUCGGGAAAACAAUUGAGCAGGCUUUGAUGGAGGUGCACGAGGAGGAGGAGUUGGAGAUGCUCAAAAGACAUCAGAUUGAUUUCGAAGAACGCCGCAACGCCGAAUUGGCUGAAGUUCAACGCCUUGAGGACGCUGAACGCCGACGAACAGAAGAAAAAGAACGACGACUAGCAGAGCAAAUCAAAAUACUCAAAGAAAAGCAAGAAGUGGCCGAAAAGAUUGCCGCAAGGGCUUUUGCUCAAAGCUAUCUGCAAAAUUUGGUGCCCAGUGUGUUCCAGUCGCUCACGACUUCCGGAUACUUUUACGACGCUGUAGAGAGAGAGGUGGACUCCCAGUUCUUGCCAUGGCUCACGGGAGAAGUGCAGAAGAACCUGGACAGACUGACGUUGGCGAGAAGCCUUCUGGAUGAUGUGAUUCUCAACUCCAUCCGCACCAUGCGGGCAAAGUGA